CCCAUCAUAAAUUCGUUUUCGAGUUGCUGGCUGCACAUGUUUAUCAUUGUCCGUUUCAGGUUGUGGCUUGUUCGUGCGAUUCACAUUUCUCCCAUCUCGCCUGGAUUCAAACCCCACGUAAAGAAGGAGGACUCGGUGAUAUGAAUAUUCCAGUUCUUUCUGAUUUUAACAAGAAAAUUGCUAGAAACUUUGGUGUCUUGGAUGAGGAAACCGGUUUGUCAUACCGUGGUCUGUUCUUGAUUGAUCCCAAUGGCAACAUUCGUCAUACUACUUGCAAUGAUUUACCAGUAGGACGCUCGGUAGAGGAGGCCUUGCGUGUGCUCAAAGCAUUCCAGUUUGUCGAGAAACACGGAGAAGUAUGCCCUGCCGACUGGCACGACGAUUCUCCAACAAUCAAGCCCGGUGUCAAGGACAGCAAAGAAUAUUUCAGUAAAGUGAACAAGUAA